AUGAAAGAACUUGGAGAGAUGGGUCUGAAACUUCAAAGUGCAGUAAAAAGACAGCGAUUAGCUGUGGAAACCUCAGAUUUAUCCAAAUGUGAUCCCGAAAGGGUUCGAGAGGAGGCGACUAGAACCAGGCCGGCCUUGAAGAGGAGAGCAAAAGAGAAUCUCGAGGAAGCCACCGAACAAAAAGUUGUAGAGAAGCCCAAAAUCGUCGAACAAACGGAGACAGCUGAUACAUCUGAGGCAAAUGCAGAUGCGGACACGACCGAGAGGAGUGCAAGACGACCGCCGCCUGUCAAUAGCGGUUUCCUCCCAUUGCCGUGGAAAGGGCGCCUCGGUUAUGCCUGUCUGAAUACAUAUCUCAGAGCAGCUAACCCUCCAGUCUUUUCAUCUCGAACUUGCCGCAUUUCGUCAAUCAUCGACCACAGAUACCCACUACAAGAUCCAACACAACCUGAACAUCCUACAAAAAAUCGACCAGACAAAACAAAGCCGCCAGAUGUCCAGAGAGGGCUCAAAUUUGUACAAGAUCUAGGCCUUGCAAAUGCAAGAGACAUAGUUAAAAUGUUGCGAUGGAACGACAAAUAUGGCAUCAAGUUUAUGCGGCUCAGUAGUGAAAUGUUUCCCUUUGCAAGCCACGAGGAGCACGGCUACAAACUCGCUCCAUUCGCCGCCGAUGUACUGGCCGAUGCGGGCAAAGUAGCUGCUGAGCUAGGUCAUCGCCUUACAACACAUCCGGGACAGUACACGCAAAUUGCCAGCCCUAGGAAAGAGGUUGUGGCAGCUGCCUUCAGAGAUCUCGAAUACCAUGACGAGAUGCUAUCGUUGUUGAAAUUACCAGAGCAGAUGGACCGAGAUGCCGUCAUGAUCCUGCACAUGGGAGGCACAUAUGGCGACAAGGCAGCCACUCUGGAUCGUUUCCGCGAAAACUACUCCAGGCUGACCGAGGGGGUGAAAAGGAGGCUAGUCCUAGAAAACGACGACGUUUCAUGGAGUGUCCAUGACCUUUUACCAAUCUGCGAGGAGCUCAAUAUUCCUCUGGUUCUGGAUUAUCACCAUCACAACAUCAUAUUUGACCCCAGCGUCCGCGAGGGUACCCUGGACAUUAUGGACCUAUACGACCGCAUAGAAAAGACCUGGACGAGAAAGAAUAUCACGCAGAAGAUGCACUAUAGCGAACCGACAGCGGAUGCUAUCACUCCUCGAGAACGGCGGAAACAUUCUGCGCGCGUCAAGGUCCUCCCCCCAUGCAAACCAGACAUGGAUUUGAUGAUCGAGGCGAAAGACAAAGAGCAGGCCGUUUUUGAGCUCAUGAGGACGUUCAAGCUCCCAGGAUGGGAUCUUUUUAACGACAUCGUUCCAUAUGAACGGGACGAUGAACCUAGAAAAGAUGCUGCUCGGGAAGCGAAAAGAACAAUAAAAAGGAGCAAAAAGAACGACAUUGAUAGGGACAAUUCCAUCAUGUCUACCAAUGAUUUUCAAAGCCAUACAACGGCGUUCCUUGAUUGGUUCAAGUCGCUCCCUGGGUCGACGUUUUCUGACCAUAUCGACAUUAGAGACCUCCGAGACAGAAAUGCAGGCCGCGGCAUAGUGGCGCUUCAAGAUAUUCCCGCUGAUACAGUCUUGUUUACUGUGCCACGAAGUGAAAUUAUCAAUAUCGAGACUUCUGAGCUUAGAGCGAAGCUGCCAGAUGUCUUCCUCAGCCAGGACACUGCCAUGGAAGUGGAUGACAAGCCGCAGCAAGACCCUUGGAGCACGCUGAUUAUCGUCAUGAUGCAUGAGUAUUUCAAGGGAGACCACUCAAAGUGGAAGCCCUAUCUUGAUGUCCUUCCAGCCACGUUCGAGACUCCCAUGUUUUGGUCCGAUGCCGAACUUGAUGAACUCCAGGCGAGCGCCACACGAUCAAAAAUUGGCAAGGCUCAUGCUGAAGAAAUGUUCCACGCCAAGAUUUUGCCAGUCAUCCGUGGAAACCCUGACGUUUUCCCAACUAGCCAGGCUAAGAGCGAUGAAGAGCUUAUCCAGCUAGCGCAUCGCAUGGGAAGCACGAUAAUGUCAUACGCUUUUGACUUCCAGAAUGAGGAUGAAGAAGAAGAGGACGAUUCUGAAGAAUGGGUCGAAGACCGUGAGGCCAAGUCUACAAUGGGCAUGGUGCCAAUGGCUGAUAUUCUCAACGCUGAUGCCGAGUAUAACGCACAUGUCAAUUACGGAGAUGAUGCCCUCACUGUGGCAACAUUACGACCUAUCAAAGCUGGCGAAGAGAUCUUGAAUUACUACGGCCCCCAUCCUAACUCUGAGCUCCUUCGUCGGUACGGAUACGUGACGCCGAAACAUUCUCGUUAUGACGUCGUUGAGCUUCCAUGGGAGAUGAUCGAGAAUGCUUUAGCAGCAAACCUGAGCCUGUCAACUGAGCAGCUAGAAAGCGCACGAGAGCUUUUGGAUUUGGACGACAUCGAGGAGACAUUCGUCUUGGAACGAGAAUCAGAUGAGCCUAAUCCAGACGGCACUUUCGCCAAUCCAGCUAAGUUUAGCGAGAUACCAGAAGAUCUCCGAGAGCAGCUCAAAUCAAUGCUCAAGGCCAUUCGCAAAGUGGAUCCAUCAUGCAUUGUCGACAAGCGAAAACGUGACGAGAUUCAGAAUACUGUACUCAUCAGGGCGCUUGACACCCUCAUGUCACAGUAUCCGACGACAAUCAUAGAAGAUGAACUAAUUCUUGCGGGUAGCGAUCUUAGCGAGCGGCGCAAAGCCGCCGUUACAGUGAGGCUGGGGGAGAAACGAUUGCUCCAAGAGGCUAGAGUCUAUUUAUCGGGGAUCGCUUCCGAUGCCACUUCGGACGAUGCUCCAGCACCGAAUAAGAAAGCUAGGCGGUCAGACUGA